CCAUACCUGCUUCCUGCUGAUCCUCCUCUGGGAGAAAUCGCCCACCACGAGUUCUUACGCAGACCAACUCUAUUACGCCCGUCGGCCUCUGCCUGACUUUCAAUCGUCGAGCAGACCCGUCGCCGGUGGCCCUGUCAUGCCGCGACCUGCUCCGCCGCCCACGCCGGGCUCCUCGAGCGACAUUCGUGGUAAAGAGGGCCUGUUCGCUGCCCCGUCCUUCCAGCUACCGCCUACUGCGUUCCAAGAGCAAUCCGACCGGGCGAGCAACAGCUCGGCGACGACCCCCUCGGCCAAUGGCUCCGACUCCUCCUACCAACCCUUAUCACCACAUACAAGCGCCGACCCGUCGAGGAAGAGGACGGCGAGCCAACAGGUCGGCGUCGUCACCAAAGAGGACUUUGCGCUCCCUCCGCCGCCCACGCGAUCCCGCAAGAUCAUCCAGAUGAAACCUCGCGAGAAUGAACCGCAAGAGCCGCUCCCACAGUCGGCGACCGUGUCGCCUCAGAUCGCCGGCAAGAGCCCCGCGAACAAUCAGGCUGCUGGCGGGAAGAGGAAACAGAACAAUGCCGGGACCACAGCAGCCGGUCGCAAGAUCGCUCGCAAAACAGCACAUAGCCUCAUCGAGCGGAGGAGACGGUCGAAGAUGAACGAGGAAUUCGGCGUCCUCAAGGACAUGAUCCCAGCCUGCAAAGGGCAGGAGAUGCACAAGCUGGCCAUUCUACAGGCGAGCAUCGAAUACCUCCGGUACCUCGAGCAAUGCGUGUCCGACCUGCAGGCGCAACACCAAUCACCUCGCCCGCAACCCCCACCGCCGGCGCCGGCCGCCCGCUCCCAGGCCAUCGAAGACGAAGACGACGAGGACGAGGAGAUGGAGGACGACCACGCCGACCCCAACCACUCCGGGACCGCGACCAGCACGACGACCCCGGCCAUGUCCGCAUACGAACAUUCGGGCUCGAUCGUGUCGCUCCCCUCCCUCUCUCAGAUCACCACCAACGCAUCGACCAGCUCCCCGUCGGUGUUCGCCGCCGGCGCCGGCCGCCACUACUCCAUCUCCUCGGCCGCCAGCCAACCGAGCUACUCCCCCUACUUCCAUUCCAACCAGACCUCCCCCGCCUUCGGUCCACAGCUCUCUCACCUCUCCGCGGCGCCCUCCUUCGGCGGCGCCUUUGGCCUGGGCAGCCCCGCCCUCAAGCCCGUCGACUCGUCCGCGUCGACCCUCCGCCAGAUCGCCGAAGGCGCCUCCGAGCUCAGCGAGAAGCAGCGUCUGACCCCUGCCGCCGCCGGCAAAGCCAACGGCAAGUCCGGCCGGAGCGAACACGAACUGGACCAAGAGGCCACCGCCGCCCUGCUGAUGCUCAACAACGACCGGCGGAAUUGGCGAGCCGGACAGCAGCACCCGCCGCCGCCACCGCCGCCGCAGCUCACCGCCCGAUGUCGCCGCCGUCGUUCGCUUCUCUCCCGCUUUUAACGAUGCCAAAGAUUUCCCUUUCUGUCGACACCUCAUCUCUCUCUCUCUCUCCCUUCCCCGACGAGCGGUACAACGUCGUCGAGGGACGGCGAUGUCUCCCGGGAUGCGGUCGGAUGUCUGUUUGUUUGUUUGCUUUUUGGGGGGAAGGAUGCGAAUCCAGCUCCGUUCAGACCGGAUGGAAAGAUUACUUCUUAUUUUUAUUU